AUGGAUCCGACGAAAGAAUUGGAGUUAAAGUUAAAAGAACUCAAGAUACAGUUAGAACUUGAGAGACAGAAACACGAAUCUGCUAGACCUAUUCGGGAAAAAAUUGCUCAGAUGUCUUCUGAAGUUGUGGACUCUAAUCCAUAUAGUCGAUUGAUGGCCUUGAAAAGAAUGGGUAUUGUAGACAACUAUGAGAAGAUUCGAGAUUUCACAGUAGCCAUAGUUGGAGUUGGUGGAGUUGGCAGUGUUACUGCUGAGAUGUUGACUCGAUGUGGUAUAGGGAAGCUAAUACUGUUUGACUAUGACACGGUGGAACUUGCCAACAUGAACAGGCUUUUCUUCCAGCCACACCAUAAAGGCUUAUCAAAGGUAGAAGCUGCAGCAAAAACUCUUUCUUCAAUCAAUCCUGAUGUCACAUUGGAGACAAAUAACUAUAAUAUAACUACAUUAGACAAUUUCCAUGACUUCAUGAGUAGAAUCAGCCAUGGAAGCCUCACCAGUGGACCUGUAGACUUGGUACUGAGCUGCGUCGACAAUUUUGAGGCACGCAUGGCCAUCAAUUCAGCCUGCAAUGAGCUAAAUCUCUCCUGGUUUGAGUCUGGUGUGUCAGAGAACGCUGUUUCUGGACACAUUCAGUUCAUUGUGCCCGGAGAGACUGCCUGUUUUGCUUGUGCUCCACCUUUGAUUGUAGCAUCCAGUAUUGAUGAACGAACUCUAAAGAAGGAUGGUGUAUGUGCAGCCAGCCUCCCAACCACUAUGGGCAUCGUAGCAGGGUUUCUUGUCCAGAACGCACUGAAGUAUCUGCUAGAAUUUGGCCAAGUGUCUUAUUAUUUGGGGUACAGCGCUCUCACUGACUUCUUUCCGACUAUGCGUCUGCGGCCCAAUGCUUCAUGUGACGAUAGUUUCUGUCAACAACGUCAAGCUGAAGCUAGAGCUCGGCCUCCAAAAGAACAGGAAUCUGUGGGGGACAGCAAGAUGGAGGACAAGGAAGUUACUCAUGAAGAUAAUGAAUGGGGUAUCUGUCUGGUGGAUGAGACUGAUCCCAGGAAACUGCAUGCAGAUGAGGACUUGGGUCGAGGUCUGGUGGCAGGUGUGAAGGCAGCCUACACGAUUCCAGCUCCAGUAGUUCCAGAUGCAGAGUCAAAUGAGGUUGACGCAUCAGGGGUCAGCCUAGAUGAUCUGAUGGCACAGAUGAAGGCCAUAUGAAAUACGCCUCUUUAUCAUAUAUAAUAAUUGUAUCAAGAUUGCGGCAGUUCUGAACUUAAAUUUUCAUGCAGAGGCAGCACACAGAAUUACAUGUACAGAUGCAUAGUCAGACGAGGUUGUGCUGGUUGCAAAAAUGAACAAAGUGAAAUGUGCAUCCCUAUCAUUUGUACUAAUUUCAUUGAGAGUGCAACAGUUUUCUUUGUUUGUUUUUGAAAAUGUUUUAUAAGAUUCAUUCAAAUUAGAGUGGACCAAAUAUUUUUGUUUAAUGUUUCCAUUUGUUUAUAAUAUUCUCCAUGGAUUUGAAGCAUUUAUCCUCUUGAUGCUUUGUUAUGAGAAACAUUUUGAUAAAACAGUAAAUUCCUGAUUGUCUGGGCUAGUGAAAAAGGAGAGGAUGCGUGAAUGAUUGAAGAACAUGGAUUAUCCAGAAUAUUUUAUUUCAUGCAUUCACAGUUCUCCACAAAUUAAUUUACAGUUUUUUUACACAAUUGGUAUUAUUUUGAGAAGUAGUUUUUUUAUGAUUGCUUCUUUUUGUGAACUGUUUGGACUCCUUGUCACAGUAAUGCAAAUUGUAUAUAGUGUCCAAGAACAUUUUUUACAUCCCAUCCUGGUUCUACACGAUGAUAACCAUCAGUACCCCACCCAGCACAACAGAAAUGAAACUUAACACAGUACCAUGGAACAGUUUACAAAAAAUAGCUGUUUUUAUAAUUUGUAAAGUUUCUAUGUUUAAAAUAUUCGUCAGAUUUCUAAAUUUUCUAGGUUUUAAAAUGUUGAGACUUUUAAAGAAUUAAGAAUUGUAAGUUUUUAUGUUUGAAGAUUAUGACAAGAGCGAUGAUUAAAAAAGUUUGGUGCUUUUAGUAGCGUAUAGUAUACUAAUUUACUCGGGCCCUGGGAUUGACAUACCGAGGUACCAGCAGCAGGUUUUUUGCAAAAAAAAUGCACCUCCAUCCUUCUCACACUGACUGCAGUGCAAUUAAUCAAUAUUUAUGUGUAAUGCUGAAGUUCAGCUUUAAAUUUCUACUUCAAGUAAAGUGGAAAGUUUACAUUGAUAGGUAGCACACAUUAUGAUUAAUUUCUAUUCUAGUUAUAAUAGUGUUAGUAAUGGCCGUAACACUUUCUGCCUUGAUGUGUUAAAGUGCUAUGUGUACCAGUAUAACAAGUUAGGAAACAUAUGCAUUGUGUAACAAUUCUGGUGCAUUCACUGGAAUCUGACCUGUGACUUUUGAGAUUGUCACUGGUGACAUCUCUGAUUUUACUGGGGUCAGUGACCUAUAUGAAAGGGUGUGGUGCCUGGCACCUGUCUACCUUGAUGAUUAAGUCAUCAGCAAGGAUUCCUAUGCAUGUUAUAUAGCUAGUUUGCAAUUGCCCACAUGGUAAUUCCCAGCUCAGCUACUUCCACAUGCAGAAAUGAAUGUAGGUUUUCAUGUGCAGUUUUCAUUAUUGUUCUGAUUUAAAUAAAACUAGAAUAUGUUGGCAAGUUUUA